AUGUCCGUCGUCGUCCAAUUACCUAGCCAAGAUGUUACCAUUUCUGCGUCGCCUCUACCACCACCAGCAGUAGCUUCUAACCCUGUUAAGAAAACGGUUACCAAGACUGUUAAAAAGCCUGCAGCAGGUGCUGACGUGCCUGGCGAAGCUCCCACUACCAAGUCCACCGCAAAAUCCGAAACGGAUGCCACUAAGCCUGUAAAAGCUGUUACUACCAAGAAGGUCAAAAAGUCUGAGACGGAUGCUCCCAAAACUGUCAAAUCCACCACGGCCAAGACUCCAGAAACCCCUGGAACCGAUGCUCCCAAAGUUGCCAAAACCACUACCACCAAGACGAUCAAAAAGUCUGCCACGGACGGUACCAAAGCGGUUAAAACAGCUACUACCAAGACUGUGAAAAAGUCUGCCACAGGCGAUCCCAAAACUGUUAAAACAGCUACUACCAAGACUGUGAAAAAGGCUGCCACGGGCGAUCCCAAAGCUGUUAAAACAGCUACUACCAAGACUGUGAAAAAGGCUGCGACAGAUGCUCCUAAAGCCGUCAAAGAAACUACUACCAAGACUGUCAAAAAGUCCGCAAAGACUGCUCCCACCACUGCUGAAGAUACUGCUAUCACUAUCACAAAAAAGUCUGGAUUAAAAUCUUGGAAAUUGCCUUCUAUUUCUCUGAAUUUCAAUACGAAGUUUGGCAAGGCUACAGUCGAUCUAGGUGGCAAACCUCCGGCGAAAGCUCCUAAGGCAGCUCCCAAGGCAGUUUCUAACGUAGCUCUCAAAAUAGACCCUCUAGCAGCUCCCAAAAUAGACCCUCUGGCAGCUCCCAUAACAAUCUCUAAGGCAGCUCCCAAGAUGAUCUCUAAGGCAAUUCUCAAGAGAUCUCCACCGGUAGUACUCAUGGCAGCUCCACCGACAACCCUCACGACAUCUCCUCCAUCAGCACCACAGGUAGUCUACAAGACUCCUCAAACCUCUGCCAAAGCCAUCACACAGAACACUUCUCAAGCUCCCAGGGCAGUCUACAAGGUGUCUCAAAACUCUACCAUAACUACCACAAAGACUUAUUCUCCAGCUUCUCGACCGGCCCAAUACCCUGCCGUCUCGACUGCGCAGCCUCGAUCUCAGUCACCACCCUGUUAUCCCUCUGGAGCCACUACUAUGGCUCCUGAACCCUAUCACCAAGCACCACCCUGUUAUCCCUCUGGAGCUACUACUAUGGCUUCUGAUCCCUAUCACCAAGCACCAGCCUAUUACCAACCGGGCGCUAGCGCAGAAGAUUUUGGAGGGCCUAUCGGACAAUCUUUACCACUUGCUACGGAAGUUUUGGGUCAAGCCGAGAGAGCAUAUGAAGACUAUGAAGAAAGCAAGGAAGUACAUGUACUUCAUGGAGAAGAUCAUCAACAACACGAAGUAUUGUAUCAAGGAGAACAUGAAGGACUGUACGAGGAGGAGGAACACCAGCACGAACAAUAUGACGCAGAAGAAGAUGAGGAGGAAGAACACGAAGCAGAAUUAGAAGAAGAAGAACACGAACACGAACAUGAAGAAGAAGAGCAUGAAGAAGUAGAACAUGAGGAA